AGCCUGUGGUGUGGGGUUUCGACGUGCGCGUUUUUUACCGGUAUUACGGUAGAGAGUCGCUGCGCUGUUCCUCAGCUGAUCUGACAUAAAGCUCCACAUUAAAGCCGCAUCAGUUCUCCUGCUCACAGCAUGUGAACUCCACUGGCAUGACUUCCACUCAAGACAUAACGUUAACACCGGUAGCUCUGCCCCGGGAGCUCGCGCAGAACCCGCUGCAUAAGAUAUGGAUGCCGUGCAAGAAUGGACUUCCGGAAACGCACAUUUCUCAGAGAAAAGUUUGCAUGACUAACUGUCCCACCCUCAUAGUUACUGUGGGGUUGCCAGCUAGAGGAAAAACCUACAUCUCUAAAAAACUCACUCGAUACCUCAACUGGAUUGGUGUUCCGACUAAAGAGUUUAAUGUUGGACAGUACCGGAGGGAGUGUAUGAAAGUCUACAGAAACUUUGAGUUUUUCCGUCCUGAUAAUGAAGAGGGACUAAAGAUCAGGAAACAGUGUGCUCUGGUGGCUCUGAAUGAUGUGAAACAGUUCCUCAGUGUGGACGGAGGACACGUGGCUGUGUUUGAUGCCACUAACACUACGAGAGAGAGGAGGAAAAUGAUCAUGCGAUUUGCUGAACAAAAUGGCUACAAGGUGUUUUUUGUUGAGUCGGUGUGUGAUGAUCCAGAGGUUAUUGCUCAGAACAUUGUACAGGUAAAGUUGAACAGUCCUGAUUAUAUUGACUGCAACACUGAGGAUGCUGUUCAGGACUUUAUGAAGAGGAUUGAAUGUUAUGAGAACUCGUACGAGCCGCUGGAUGAGGCAUUGGACAGGGACCUGUCCUACAUUAAGGUGAUGGACGUGGGGAUGCGAUAUUUAGUAAACCGCGUGAUGGACCACAUUCAGAGCCGCAUCGUUUAUUACCUGAUGAAUAUUCACAUUACUCCACGCUCCAUCUAUCUCUGUCGCCAUGGCGAGAGCGAACUCAACAUCCGGGGACGCAUCGGGGGCGAUUCAGGCCUGUCGCCCCGCGGCAAGCAGUUUGCUGAGUGUUUGGGGAAAUUCAUUCAGGAACAGAACAUAAAGGAUCUGAAAGUUUGGACGAGUCAAAUGAAGAGAACCAUCCAGACUGCAGAGGCACUCAGUGUUCCGUACGAACAGUGGAAAGCUCUUAAUGAGAUUGACGCUGGUGUGUGUGAGGAGAUGAUGUAUGAGGAGAUACAGGAACAUUAUCCUCUCGAAUUUGCACUGCGGGAUCAGGACAAGUUCCGAUAUCGCUACCCUAAAGGAGAGUCGUAUGAGGAUCUGGUGCAGCGUCUGGAGCCCGUGAUUAUGGAGUUGGAGAGGCAGGAGAAUGUUCUGGUGAUCUGUCAUCAGGCCGUCAUGCGCUGCCUCCUCGCGUACUUCCUGGACAAAAGUGCAGAUGAGUUGCCAUAUCUGAAAUGUCCCUUACACACAGUGCUGAAACUCACACCUGUGGCUUAUGAGGGUGCAAAGUGGAGUCGGUGGGUCUGAAUGUCGAUGCAGUGAACACGCACAGAGACAAACCAGAGAAACACCGGUGACCGUGUUUAUCAUUUCCAACUUCUGCUGAACACUGGAAAAUGAAGCUCAGGAAAAAAUAAACAAUGGACUGCAGGAAGAUCUACGUGACCUCUAAGAUACGUCUAUGGGCUGCCAUGCGGACUAGGCCUCGAGACCCUGGUAUUGCCUGAUGCUGCCGGCUGGGAUAGAGGGCGCUGGAAAUGGUGUGCGAGGAAGUGGAAGCACGGAGAACGAGCGGGCAUCCGGGAUUGGCUAAAGGCUAAUCCUAGCUGCUUGACUCUACUAUCCAUUCUCUUAUCCAGUGUUUACUCAAUAGACAAUAAACCGGACUUGAAUUUAAAUGUUAUUUCCGAAUUUCUGUAAAGCUGCUUUGUGUUAAUGUCCACUGUAAAAUGUGCUAUAAAAAUAAAAUUCAUUGAAUUGAACUUCCUCAGAUUACAGCUAACCACCCAACAGCUACUGUUCGUCGCUGGUUGAGUUUAUGACUGUAAAGUGCCGGCCAUACUACGUCCCCAGAGUUUACUACCUCACGUUGUACAUUCCACGAAGCACUAACACAAGGGAAGCGCUAAAUGAAUUACACAGGGCUAAUCUACAGACAGUGCACCCCAACGGAUUUGUCAUUGUCGCUGGGGACUUUAACCACGCAAACCAGUGCUGCCAAAAUUCUACCAGCAUGUUGAUUUGGAACAGACCCACUAGACCUUGUUUACACCAACAUUCAUGAUGCAAACAAGGCUGCACCCGCCCGUACCUCGGCUGCUCGGCCCACAUCUCUAGCCAAGAAGGCCCAGCAGCGCCUCCACGUCCAAACUCCCCCCUCCCAUCCUCACCACCUUCUACAGAGGGACGAUAACAGAGCGUCCUGACCAGCUGUCUCACCGUGUGGUAUGGGAACUGCACAGUUUCGGACUGCAAGACAGCAAAUUGUGAGAAAAGCUGAAAAGAUCAUCGGUAUCUCUCUACCCACCAUUACAACAAGCACUACAUCCACAAAGCCACCAGCAUUGUGGACGAUCCGUCCCAACCCUCUCACGGACUCUUCACUCUUCUGGCAGAAAGUACAGGAGCAUCCGUGCCACCACCAGCAGACUCCGCAACAGUUUCCACCCCGAGGCAGUCAGAUUACUCAACGCUCACCUGCACUAAUCAAACCCCAGACAGCAUGACUCUAUUAACACCACUGCUCACCUGCACUUUACAGUGCUGCACUGCAGUAGUUUUCCCACACAACACUGUUCUGUUGUCCUGUAUAGUCAAUGUGCAGUAUUCAGUGUAUAGUACAUGGUAAUUAGUACUCAGUAAUCAGUAUUCAGUAUAUAAUAUACUGUAUUAGUACUCAAUAAUCAGUAUUCAGUAUAUAAUAUACUGUAUUAGUACUCAGUAUACAGUAAUCAGUGUGCAGUAUUCAGGACUCAGAAACGCGGUGAGUUUCUCCUCUCAGCUCUACACAGUGAACAGGACAUGAGGAAAUAUUUCAUCUAUGUUUUAUAUUAAAACAAUGUCACUUGUGUUUGUUUAUAAAGUGUUAGUGUGUGUGUGUGCACGUGAUGCCUCAAGGUGAGAGUAAAUGGAAGUGAAUAUACCAUCUGUUUUCACACUCCUGCUGUCUCCUUUUUUGU